AUGUAUCCCUCCCACUCUUCCCCCUCUGCUUCGUCAUCAUCAUGGUCAGAGCAGGAGCAGCGAGGUGUAUCAUCCACCGACACCACUGCCAUCGAUAUCGACGUCGACUUGUUGGCCCUUCUCACAACUUGUAUUCAUCCGCGGUUCCAUCUCCCCUCUUAUCACACCAUCUCCCAACAUCCAACCCUUGACUUGGAACACUCACCGUUGAACAAUGACCUGCCUGUUAUAAAUCAACCCAGAUCAAAAGCCGAGAAACAAAAGGAUAAGAAGAAGAGAAGGAAAGAGAGAGAGAGGUUGAGAGUCGAUCAAGGUUCUGAUUCACGUCUUUGUUCGUAUCACCCAACAGGGAUGGAUAUGGUAGAAUUCAAGCUGUUUUCUAAUGUACGCGACAUCUCUUUGGAUAAACCUUUGGAAGAGUAUCCAGUCCCAAUAAACCCUAGACAUAUUCCUUUAUCUCCCAGUACCACCAAUAGAAAAAGGAAAAUCAUACAAUCUUCUGUUUAUAAUCCUUCCAACGCACCACUCGAAUACACAUACACCCAUCAACCAUCAUCAUCUUCAAUCACCUACCGUCUGGAAUCUCCCAUUCAUUCCGAUAAAACCGUCACGAAGGAAACAAUCUCGAGCACUCGAGAAACAAGUGAUGCCUCGAUAUUGGACGCCGCCCCAAGGGAUUGGAGGGAAGUCAUUGGGCUACGGGUGGGGUUAUCCUUCGAAUAUAACAAUGAGAAAGGGAUUGACUCAUUGACACAAUACUUUCACGACGAUUCUUCACCGAAGAGGAUAUCCAUCCCAGCGUACCAGCGUGGACCUUCUGGAAACACAUCGGCACAUACAGCCCUCGAGUGGCAGAUGUAUGAUUGUUUGGAUACGCGACCUUUACUGAAAACAUGCUGGUUCACGUGA